UUUCACGACUUUUUCUGUACAAAGGACAGUGCACCAAACUAAAGUUCGACUGAAACUGUCAUGACAAAAAAAUCCAAUGGCGAAAUUUUGUCACUUCCAGUUUCCAGUGUCAAAAUUCGCCGCCAUGUUGGUUUUCUCUUUCUUUCCGGUUUCGCAAAGAUGCCGUUCCAGCGAUUUGUAGAGACUGGCCGGGUGGCCAAGUGCUCCCAUGGCCCUCUUAAGGGUAAACUCGUGACAAUUGUGGACUGUAUUGAUCCCAAUCGCGUCCUAAUUGACGGACCCUGCACCGGAGUUACGAGACAAGCCUACCGUCUCAACAAUCUCCACCUCACCAAGUUUGUCCUCCGUUUCCCCUUCACAGCCCCCACCAGAGUCAUCCGAAAGGCUUGGCUUGAUGCUGACAUCAAUGCCAAGUGGGCUGAGACAGCAUGGGCCAAGAAAGCCAAGGCUCAGGAGAAGCGGUCAAAUCUCAAUGAUUAUGACAGAUUCAAGUUGCGCGUGGCCAAGAGAUCGCGCAAUCGCAUGCUCACAGUGCAGUUCAGGAAGCUGAAGCGAUAUGCCUCCAUCGAUGGCACGUUGUAUGGCAAGAAGAGUGUCCGAAAACCCAAAUUGUGGAAGGAUCAGCUGGCCAAGAGGAAGACCAAGAAGCCAACUGGAAAAACAGCCGCUGCUGCAGAGUAAAAAAAAACAAAAUUAUUUGUGAAAAAAUCACACAAUUCAAAAUAAAAACAUUCAAGAGGACACAGAAAAA